AUGGACAACAAGUGCAAUAACUGCGCCAUGAUUCCUCGGCGGGGCCACCCCGCAACAGCCACCCCGCAACAGCCACCCCGCAACAGCCACCCCGCAACAGCCGCCCCGCAACAGCCACCCCGCAACAGCCGCCCCGCAACAGCCUCCCCGCAACAGCCUCCUCGUCCACCCGCCGCUCCACGCCGCGACGAGCGCAACCCCUUCAAAGACGUGUCAAAGGUCGCCGCGGCGAGCGCAGCCACUCUCUCGGGGCGCGCGAGAACCGGCCGCGGCGAGCGGCGAGCGGCGGGUGGCGCCAUGGGGUCCAUUCUGGAGGAGCACAACGUGCGGCUGCUGGGCUCUCCAGACUCGGCGUCCGACCUCGUGGUCCUAGGCCACGGGUUCGGAACAGACCAGUCCGUGUGGCAGCACAUCGUCCCGCACUUGCUGGACGACGAUUACCGCUUAUUGCUCUUGGAUCUCAUGGGCGCGGGGUCGACGAAUCCGGAUAACUUCUCCUUCGCGCGCUAUUCGUCGCUGCACGGGUACGCGGACGAUCUGCUGGCGAUUCUGGAGGAGGUGGGCGCGCAGCAGUGCACGUACGUGGGGCAUAGCGUGUCCGGCAUGAUCGGGUGCAUUGCGGCCAUUGCGCGCCCCGAGGCGUUCAAGAAGAUCGUGCUCAUCGGCGCGUCGCCCAGGUACCUGAACGAUGUGGACUACUUUGGGGGAUUCGAGCAGGAGGAUCUCAACCAGCUGUUCGCCGCCAUGCACUCCAACUUCCGUGCGUGGGUAUCCGGCUUUGCACCGCUAGCGGUGGGCGCGGACAUCAACAGCGCGGCGGUGCAGGAGUUCAGCCGCACCUUCUUCUGCAUCCGCCCCGACAUCGCACUCUCCGUCUCCAAGACCAUCUUUCAGUCCGACAUGCGCUCAAUUCUCCCACAGGUGAAGGUCCCCUGUCACAUACUGCAGUCGAGCCAGGACCUGGCAGUGCCGGUGGCAGUGGCAGAGUACAUGCACGCGCACCUGGGUGGCAAGAGCGUCGUCGAGAUCUUCCCCACACACGGCCACCUGCCACAGCUCUCCGCUCCGCACAUCGUCAUCCCCGUGCUGCGCCGCCACCUGCGCGGCAACCUGUAG